AUGGCCCAAGUCGAACACUUGGACGCAAUAGCAGCAGCCGAGAUUCCGAAGGUGGAGAUGUCCAGAUCCGAGUCGGAGGCCAAAGAAGACUUCCGAAAGCACUUGGAAACCAUCAUGCAAGAAGCUUUUGCCAGCGGCUACUCUGGUGAUAUCUCGACCAUCUCCUUGGUAGGCUUUGGCAGUCUAGCUUCCGGCUUUGGUAUGCCCGGCUCAGAUAUGGAUCUGGCAGUAGUGCCGAUAUGGAAGGAUCCAGCGAGGGCUAGUGAUAUUGCCAUUGAUCGUGGCAUCCCGCGUUUGCUGGAACGGGCAGUUCUCGACGCCAAGCUGGGUGGCCGUCUACUCACGAGGACGAGAGUACCAAUUCUGAAGAUAUGCCAGACGCCAACCGAGACCUUGUAUAAUGCUCUCGCCGAGGAACGCCAGAAGUGGGAAGAGCUUCCGGAAGAGGAGAAGUACCCUUCAGACAAGCCACAAGAGGCCACCCCACCACCAAAGCCGCUGGUAGAUGCUGAUGGAUCAAAAGCUUCAGAGCUUACUGCGCAAUCAGACAGCCCUAACUUUGGUGACGACUUCCCUACACUAGGUGCUGCGGCAACUACCAAGAAACGGCAAAAGGCUCCUGCUAAAGUUGAGACCGCUCAGGAAACCUCUAUUACGUCGGCCACCAAGUCAGAAGACAGCGUCAGCAACGGAACCGAUGAAAAGGCCAAGAAAGAUCAGCAUCACCGACCUGAGAAGCAGUGGAUGCGAGAGAAGGUAGUCGGUCCCCUCGACUUUCCAAAGACGGGUUGUGGUAUCCAAUGUGACAUCAACUUCGAAAACCCACUCGGUAUCCAUAACACUCAUAUGCUCCGAUGCUACUCCCUGACUGACCCUCGUGUUCGGCCAAUGGUUCUCUUCGUCAAGUCAUGGGCCAAGCGACGAAAAGUCAACAGUGCAUACUCUGGCACACUCUCUUCAUACGGAUGGGUACUCAUGGUACUGCAUUAUCUGGUCAAUGUCGCCCAGCCACCGGUGUGUCCAAAUCUCCAACUCGCCGUCCCGCUCCCGAGCGACACAGUAGCUCUAGAGCAGUUCUUCAAGAACACGACUAUAGCAGGUUAUCAAGUCCGCUUCUGGCGCAACGAGCCGGAAAUUAUCCAGGCCGCGCAAUCCGGUCGCCUUUCACAAAAUACACAGUCCGUUGGUGCAUUGCUCCGCGGAUUCUUCCAGUACUACGCUUCUUUAUCUGGAUACGGUUACGGACCUAAGCCCCCGCAGUUCUACUGGACCAACGAAGUCCUGUCCCUUCGAACACCUGGCGGAAUCUUGUCGAAGCAGAGCAAGGGCUGGGUGAGCGCGACAACCAAAAUUACGGCGGAGAAGAAGGUCACGAACCGGUAUCUGUUCGCAAUUGAAGAUCCAUUCGAGACCGAUCACAAUGUCGCAAGGACCGUCACUCACCGUGGUAUCGUUGCUAUCAGAGACGAGUUCAGGAGGGCAUGGAGGAUACUAAAGGCCAUUGGCCAGAGCACAGAGCCCGAAGGUGGAAUCUUCGACGAAGUUGUAGAGCAGCCGCCCGCCCAGUCUGAGCCAAAACCUGAAGACGCUCCAAAAGGCAUCAUGGAAAGUCUUGGCGUUGACGAAGAACCGAAGGACGAACAAGGCAGCCAAGCGAUUGCAGUGUAA